CUUGUUCGUUCCACGUCUAUUGAUGAAUCCACAUCCCCCGAAGCUGAAUCCUGCUCCCAGCAGACGUGGAUCUAACAUGUAGCUCAGGGUGUAAAUGGAUCUUAGCAUGUAACAGAAAUCAGGACAUUUCCCUGCGGAGGAAUAUUAUAUCUACAUUACUUUCCUGUGAUUAGAAGGCUCUGCCUUCCCCUGGUAUAUCAACAAAAUCUCCUGUUGCUUUAGAGAGUUAUUUGGAAAUUCGUUGCAUGGGAUCUGUGUUUUUGCUGCUAAUUUAUCAAAAUUCUAAUUUUGAACAGAUCUAAGAACAUAAAAAUGACCCAUUUGCAAAGUGGACUCAGUCCAGAGACUGUAGACAAAGCACGAUUGGAACUAAAUGAGAACCCAGACACAUUACAUCAAGAUAUCCAACAAGUCAGGGAUAUGAUCAUAACUAGACCUGAUAUUGGGUUCCUACGGACGGAUGAUGCCUUCAUUUUACGAUUUCUACGAGCUAGGAAGUUUAACCAGAUGGAGGCCUUCAGACUUCUUGCCCAGUACUUCCAGUAUCGCCAGCUUAACCUGGACAUGUUCAAAAAUCUCAAAGCGGAUGACCCGGGCAUUAAACGAGCCCUCAUGGAUGGAUUUCCAGGUGUGCUCGAAACUCGUGAUCAUUAUGGACGAAAGCUUCUCCUGCUUUUUGCAGCCAACUGGGAUCAGAGUAGGAAUUCUUUUGUGGACAUUCUAAGGGCUAUUCUAUUAUCACUGGAAGUUCUCAUUGAAGACCAGGAACUUCAGAUCAAUGGCUUUAUAUUGAUAAUUGACUGGAGCAAUUUUUCCUUCAAGCAAGCUUCCAAACUCACCCCCUCUAUCCUUAAACUGGCGAUUGAGGGUUUACAGGACAGCUUCCCAGCUCGAUUCGGCGGUAUCCACUUUGUCAAUCAGCCCUGGUACAUCCACGCGCUGUAUACCAUAAUUAAACCAUUUCUCAAAGACAAGACAAGGAAAAGGAUAUUUCUUCAUGGUAAUAAUCUCAACAGCCUCCAUCAGCUGAUUCACCCAGACUGCUUACCUUCUGAAUUUGGGGGCACACUUCCACCGUAUGACAUGGGCACCUGGGCUCGAUCACUGCUUGGCUCUGACUAUAAUGACGAAAAUGAAUAUACACACAGUUCCUAUAAUGAAAUACACGUGAAGCACACAAGCAUUGACAGAGAAUGUUCUCCAAAAUACAUGAAAAGAUCUCAGUCAGUGGUGGAGCCCGGCACACUGAAGCAUGAAGAUCACAGAGACAAUGAAAACACCCAGCCACUGCUAUCUCUAGAUUGAUUCUUCCGGCUUAACCUCAGACACAUUCUUCAUCAACGGGUCUUUAUUUUUCUCACUUUGCAAAAACUCACCAGUUUUUUUGCACACGUUGCCACUUCGCAAGAGACCUAUUUCAUUUAAUUUCCAUAGUGCCAAAUUAAAGGGGCAACAUUAUCAAUAUCCUUGAAGAAGUGUUGUUUGCUGCCAAAAAUGGACACAGAUAAAGUGCAACAGAGUUAUAAGUUUAAAGAGCUUAUGUUAUAAAAUGUAUUCUCUGACAGUGUAUUGUAGGCAACCUCUGUGUAAAAGAAUUAUCAGUAUUUUUGUAACAUUUGCAGACAAAUAGAAGUUAGUUUGUAUGAACACCCGUGAUAUUUUGUUCUUGUACCCACUAAAAGUCACCAGCAGAAAUUGUCAGUCAUUUUGUUGAAUGUGUUAAUUAUAAGAUAAAAUUGUCGAAAAGUCAA